AUCAUUUAUCUCAGUUGGGGCUGAGUGAAAAAUAUGAGAAAUAAUGAGAUAAACUUGUAGUUCAUGCCCCCGUCCGCUAGGUGGCGCUAGUGCAUGGCUCACAAAUCUCACUAUAUCUCAUAUUUCCCAUGUCUCACUAUUUCUCAUUAUAUCUCAGUGGGAUGAGAUUUACGAAGGUGAGAUUAGAUUUCUGCAACCCUGCCCUGAAUGUGCAUAGUAAUUCCCUUUUUACACGUUGAAAUUCGUAUAUGACAUUUUUCGCAGAUAAAUAAAAUCGCUACUCGAUAGACACCUCGGUAUGGUCCCUAGCUCAAUGCAUCUCAAGGGCAGUGUUCCAGCUUUAAAAAAAUUCAAUUCCACUCUAAUACCAAUCAUGGAUAGUGAAAGAUCACUCACAAUUUUGGGAAAUAAUGACACUCCAGAAGUUUUGAUCUACGUCGUCCUUGUAGUUCAGUUGAUAUCGUCAUUUAUAACCGUUGCCAUUCUCUCAUCUGCCGCCUCAUUGAUGACUGAUCACGAUUGGUGUGAUGGAGGAGGAUGUUACGCCCAGAGUGAAUUCAAUGAAAAAUAUAUCUGGGUAAUUUACGGCAUUUCUAUAUUUAAAAUGCCUUUCUUCCAAGCUAAUCAGUACUUGCACGAGGGUCUGUUUGGAGAUAACGUGCAACAAUUGAAAUUCUGGGAGGAAUUCAUGCUCGUCGGAACAACGGGUCAUAUCUGGCUCAACCGACUACUCACCUAUUACUAUGCGGGUGAAUACACCAAGUUUUAUGAGCAAAUGGACGCUUGCCAGAUUAUUUUUGACGUCUUCUCCAUAUUUGUUGUCCACGGGUAUAAAAAUAGGUUGGAGUUAAGGCUUUCCAAGGGGAAGGUUUAACUCUGGACGAAGCAUGCAAAAAUUUGCAAAUUACCUGAACUCGAUCUCUAUGUAUGUACUACCUUGAAUUUCAACGUAUUUAUGCAAAAAUUACGAAUAUCUGUAAAGUUAAUGUUUGUAAUAAUGUAUUUAGGGUAUUUUAUGUCUGUGCAUAUGUAUUAGCCGGAUAGACAAAACAUUGAAUUUACCCUUAUUUAUUUACAAACGGUUAAUUAUACUCAUUCUUUCUUAGGUAAUAAGACCGAUUUUUCAAUUUUCAUAUGUGCUUAGCAAAAAAACAUGCAUGCAUAUGUAAAUAUAACCAACUUAUUUUUUCGAAAUAAAUGUAUGUAAAAUGAUUUCAUGGAAAGAAUAAUAAUAAAUUUAAAGGUUUACCAACUUACGCGAAUUUAUAAUUUAUUCCGUCAAUGUAUUAUAUAU